CCUGCGCCCCCUCCCCCGCCCGCCGCGGCCCCCCCCGCCGCCGGCCCCCCCCCCAAAAAAAGACAACCAACAUGAAGAAAUUCUUCCAGGAGAUCAAAGCUGACAUCAAGUUCAAGAGCGCGGGGCCCGGCCAGAAGCUCACAGACCCCGUGGGGGAGAAGGCCCCCCGAGAGAAGCGUGACCAGCUGGCUGUGAGGCAGCCGCGCCAGGGACCCACCGAUGAGGUGCAGAUGGCGGCCGCCGCUGCCCUGGCCCGGCUGGAGCAGAAGCAGCCCAAGGCCCGGGGCCCCACGUCGCAGGACGCCAUCCGGAACCUGGUGAGGAAGGAGCUGCAAGCCGAGGUCACCCUCCCUGGGAGCCCUGAGACCCCAGGGAGUAACACGAUGCCCGAGGUCCAGGAAGAAGGCUCGGGGCCCCUGGCCGUCCCCGGCGUGUUCUUCACCUGCCCACUCACGGGGGCCACCCUGAGCAGGGAGCAGCGGGAGGCUGGCAUCAGGGAAGCCAUUGUCUCGCACUUCUCCACAGACCCAGUCGCCGCGUCCAUCAUGAAGAUACACACGUUCAACAAAGACCGGGAGCGGGUGAAGCUGGGCGUGGACACCAUCGCCAAGUACUUGGACAACAUCCAUUUACACCCAGAAGAGGAGAAGUACCGCAAGAUCAAGCUGCACAACAAGGUGUUCCAGGAGCGCAUCAACUGCCUGGAAGGGACCCACGAAUUUUUUGAAGCCAUCGGGUUCCAGAAGAAACUGCUCCCAGUCCCCGACCAAGAGGCCCAGGAAGAGUUCUACGUGCUGAGUGAGGCGGCGCUGGCGCAGCCCCAGAGCCUCGAGAGGCACAAGGCGCAGCUGCUGGCAGCCGAGCCCGUGCGGGCCACACUGCACCGGCAGCGCCGUGUCUUCCGGCCCUCACCCCUGGCCUCCCAGUUCGACCUGCCCGCGGACUUCUUCAACCUCACGGCCGAAGAAAUCAAACGCGAGCAGAAGCUCCGGUCGGAUGCGGUGGAGCGGCUGAGCAUGCUGCGGACCAAAGCCAUGCGGGAGAAGGAGGAGCAGCGGGAGCUGCGCAAAUACACGUUCACGCUGCUGCGCGUGCGCCUCCCCGACGGCUGCCUGCUGCAGGGGACCUUCUACGCACGGGAGCGGCUGGCGGCACUGUUCGCCUUUGUUCGAGAGGCCCUGGAGAACGACUGGCUGCCCUUUGAGCUGUUGGCCUCGGGAGGGCAGAAGCUGUCCGAGGAGGAGAACCUGGCCUUGAACGAGUGUGGGCUGGUGCCCUCGGCGCUCCUGACCUUCUCCUGGGACCCUGCUGUGCUGGAGGACCUCAGGGCCGCGGGGGCCGAGCCCCAGGCCUCCGUGCUCAAGGCUGAGCUCCUGGCAAGCAUGGAGCGGCUCUUGUGAGGGGCAAGCAGUCAGCCUCAGCCUCCAUCCCGCGCCCAGUCCCUCCACCUCUGCAG